AUGGGUGGUAACCUCAUCAACGUCACUUUCAAUGGCGCGCGAACGAACCUGCACUCCAUCUGGGACACAGCAAUCCCACAAAAGGCCUAUGGCAACUUCUCCCAAGCCAAUGCAUUAGCUCUGGCCAACAACCUUACCGCAGAAGUGAAGCAUGGCAAGUUCAAGAAGGAGAGCAAGACGUGGCUCAAGGGACUGAAGGCGAAGGAUGCAGUCAGCAGCUCCAUGACUUGGGCGCGCGACGCCAACAAGUUCGUGUGCUCCACUGUCAUUCCCAACGGCCCUGAUGCAGUGUUCGCGCAAGAGUUGUCAGGAGCCUACUGGGACACUGCUAUUCCUGUCGUUACGAAGCAACUCGCAAAGGCGGGGUACAGACUUGCCGCGUGGCUGGAUGCUCUCGUCGAACUCAACGAGAAGAAGGGUCAUGGAAAGUGGGAACGGGAGACGAAGCGGGCGGUCACCCUACAGCCAUGGCAGGAGGAAGCGAGACAGGCCCGACGCGAAUUUGGGCCUGACUGCGGUUGCGGCGAGGAUCAUGCACACUAG